AUGGCAGUCUCCAAGAGCUCCUCGUCUUUACCCAGCCAUUGUUUUAAUGGAGAUAUUAGACCAUCUCUUGUUCCGAGCGGAGCUACUCCUCAGAAGUGGACCAUUCUUGAAGAAACUUCUGACAUCUCUAAACCCCGUCAAACCAUUCUGAAUGGGCAAAGUUUUAAGGAUGAAUUUUCCAUGGAAUAUGAACAAAAGCUGAAGGAUGUCAGGGAAUUAUUGAAAUCAGAGGAAUUAGAAAAUCAAAUAGAAAGCUUAAUGUUGGUGGAUGCUAUCCAGCGACUAGGUGUUGACUACCAUUUUCAGGAAGAGAUUGAAGCAGUUCUUCAGCGACAUUAUAUGGAAGCCACCACUUCUUUUGAUGGAUACUCCUAUUACUGUCUUCAUGAUCUUUCACUUUUCUUCAGACUCUUGAGAGAACAUGGUUUUUUCAUUCACGCAGACAUAUUCAACAAAUUCAAGGGAAAAGAUGGGGUGUUUGAAGGGAAAUUAAAGGAAGAUAUUAGAGGAUUGAUGGAAUUGUAUGAAGCUGCUCAGCUAGUGACAGAAGGAGAAGAUAUUCUUGAUGAAGCAGCAAAAUUUAGUAGCCAAAUUGUUAGUAACAGAAUAAAGCAUCCUUAUCACAAGAGCAUUGCAAGAUUUACUGCGAAGAAGUAUAUUAGAGAUUUCCAACACAUAAAUGGAUGGGGAAAAACAUUGAAAGAGCUCGCAAAAAUGGAUAUUUCCAUGGCACAGACCUGGGCAUGUCUGUGUGACGCUUUCCUAGUAGAAGCUAAAUGGUUUGCUUCACGGCACUUACCAACCUCCAAUGAGUACCUAGAAAAUGGGAAGGUGAGUUCAGGAGUACAUGUGGUGCUCGUCCACCUCUUCUUCCUUUUGGGAAUCAAUAAAAGAACAAGAGGGGCCGUUCAGGUGGAUGAUAUAUCAGAACUCAUAUCCUCUGUGGCCGCUAUUCUCCGUCUCUGGGAUGACUUUGGAAGUGCCAAGGAUGAGCAGCAAGAUGGAAACGAUGGUUCGUACAUAGAGUGCUAUGUGAAAGAGAAUCCAGGAUCAACCAUCGAGAUUGCGCGAGAGCAUGUUGUUGAUAUUAUAUCAAGUGAAUGGAAGCGUCUUAACAAGGAGUGUUUGCAUUUAAAUCAAAACUCGGCAAGUUCAUCCUUCACAAAAGCUUCUCUUAAUCUUGCAAGAAUGGUUCCUCUAAUGUACAGUUACGAUGACGACCAACAACUCCCUGUCCUUGAAGAAUUCAUCAACUCCACACUCUUUGAUGAUAAUUUCUUGGUGCACCGUCCUUAA